AUGCCGGCCGUCAUAUCCAAGUACCUGGACGGACGGAUCAUCCGUCGGGACAACGUGAGCAAGGGCGUGGUGGCCGCGGCCGUGCUGCUGUACGGCUGCAAGAUCGGUUACCCAAUCGUGUUGAAAGUUUGCGGCGCCGACGGUGGCGGCAAGGGCGACAAGGCACCCGACGGCGGCGGAUCGCGGCGACCGUCGGGCGAGUCCAACGACAAUAACAACACCAAAGGGUCCACCACGGCCAUUUCCACCGUGGCCGUGAUAGGCGGCGGCGGCGGCAGCGGCAAGAGAUCGGGGACCGGCGGCAAAAGGACGAGAGCCGCCGGGCCGGGCAUCAACCGCGAGUUCCUGGUCCAGCUCAAGAAGCUGCUCCACCUCAUGGUGCCCGGUUUCUGGACGCCCGAGGUGGGUCUGCUGUCCAUGCACACUGUGGCCCUGGUGUGCCGCACGUUCAUGUCCAUAUUUGUUGCCACCAUGGAGGGCAAAAUGGUCAAGUUCAUCGUCCGCAGGGACGUGCCCAACUUCGGGUGGAUGCUGUUCAAGUGGCUGCUGUGCGCCCUGCCCGCCACGUUCCUCAACUCCAUGAUCCGGUAUCUGGAGUGUAAGCUCGCCCUGGCUUUUAGAACUCGAUUGGUCAACCACGCGUACGGUAUGUACUUCAAGGACCAGACUUACUAUAGGGUGAGCAACAUGGACGGCCGGAUCGAGAACGCAGACCACCGGUUAACGGACGACAUCACGGCGUUCACGUCGUCCGUGGCGCACCUGUACUCGCACCUGACCAAGCCGCUGUUCGACUGUGCACUGAUUGCGCUCACCUUGGCCAGGAGCAGCAAGCAAAUGGGCGCCGCUGUCGUACCAGGACCAUUAUUGGCCAUUGUCGUUAUCAGCAUCACAGGACAGAUACUGCGAAUGCUGUCACCAAAAUUCGGUUCCUUAGUCGCCGUGGAGGCAGACAGGAAGGCUUAUCUCCGUCAUAUCCAUUCCAGGGUUAUCACGAAUGCCGAAGAAAUCGCGUUCUACGGUGGUCACAAGGUGGAAAUGAUACAUUUGCAAAACGCCUACCAGUCGUUGGUCCGACACAUGAACGCAAUAUUCUCUCAAAGACUGUGGUACGUCGUCCUAGAACAGUUCCUGAUGAAAUACGUAUGGAGCGGAACCGGAAUGGUGGUCGUGUCGUUACCGAUAAUAACUAGCUCAAGAGUAGCAGAACUUAACGAUUCUCCGGAUGGAGGAGUGAGCGAGCGAACUCAAUAUUUGACCACAGCAAGGAAUCUGCUAGCUUCAGGAGCCGAUGCCGUCGAAAGAUUAAUGACUUCGUACAAGGAAAUUGUCGAACUCGCUGGCUACACAUACAGGGUAGGUGCCAUGCUCGACGUGUUCAACGACGUCAGCAAGUGUAAAUACCGUCGAAACGGAUUGACCAAUGGAAAAGUUCACAAGAUGUUACCAAAAUUGCACUACAACAAGGACGGGCAACUCGUGAUCAGAGGCGUGGUGAAAAACAGUCCGGACGGUAGCAUAUCGCUGUACGACGUGCCCAUAGUGACGCCCAACAGCGACGUCGUCGUGUCCAGUCUUACGAUGACGAUGAAACCCGGCGAACACCUGCUGAUCACCGGCCCCAACGGGUGCGGUAAAUCGUCUCUUUUCAGAGUCCUAAGCGGACUGUGGCCCGUCUACGCCGGCACGCUAAUCAGGCCGCCGAAUUGUUGCAUGUUCUACAUACCGCAAAGGCCAUACAUGACAAUAGGAAGCCUGAAAGAACAAGUAAUUUAUCCAGAUACUCUUUCGGAUAUGCUGACCAAAGGAAUUACCGAACAAGACUUGGAGGCGUGCCUGGCUCAAGUCCACCUGUCCCAUUUGGUACAGAGAGAAGGCGGUUGGGACGCGACAGCGGACUGGAAAGAUGUUUUAUCUGGUGGCGAGAAACAAAGGAUGGCCUUUGCCAGAAUCUUUUACCACAAACCAUCAUUUGCUCUUCUGGAUGAAUGCACCAGUGCCGUGAGCAUAGACGUCGAAAGUGAUAUGUAUCAGUCAGCUAAGGACUCCGGCAUCACACUGCUCACCAUCACCCACAGGCCGUCUUUAUGGAAAUUCCAUUCGCAUAUAUUGCACUUUGACGGUGAAGGCGGGUGGAAAAUUACAACACUAGGGCAAAAAGAAAAAGAUACCGGUAUAUUAGCAAUUGAACAACCGAAAGAUAAAUUAGUGAAUGGAAUUUCGUAGAGUGCAAAUCAUAAACGUUGAAAACAUAUCUUGCCAACCUUUAAAUUUUAAU